AUGAGAAGAGAGAGACAUAUCCUGCGAAGAGCAGUCCCUGCGCAUGUUCAGACUUCGAGAGUCGUCGAGAGGUGGUGGGAAUCUCGUCACGAUACCGUGACGGAGCAGCCUUUGCCGAUCUGCAACUGCAGCCAGCCCAAGCUCUUCAGCAACAAGGAUUCAGCCCGGUGCGAGCUCAACAAGUUUGAUGACAUGAUGACGGUCCUUCAUGAUUCUCGGCAUUGA